UCCCAGAGGCUACAGAUGGGGUUAAAGAGGAGGGCAGCCCCCUUUCCUGGUUCCUGGCACAGUAGGACUGACUGUGACUUCCAGUGAAAGAAAUUUGUGCAGAAGAGAGAGAACUUCCACUUUUUCACAAUCAGCAAAGGAGACAGAGGAGAGAAGCCACCAAGACGACUCAACGAGAUGUUUCCCGAACGCUUCCUUUUGCUGUCAGCAGCCGGGCUGCUGUUCCUAGUUACAGUGUUUUCCCUUGAAUGCACCAAAUACAAUGUCAAAACCUGUGAGGAAUGCAUCCGUUCCGGCCCUGGCUGUGCCUGGUGCAAGAAGCGGAAUUUCACAAAAGUGGGAGAACCAGAUUCUAUCCGCUGUGACACCAUGCAACAGCUCCAGCAGAGGGGAUGUGAAGGGAAUAUUAUUUUCCCCGAAAGCUAUGCCGAUCCUUACCCUUUGCCUCCUCCCUUUAUGAAGAAACAAAUCUACCCCGAAACGGUGGAUCUGCGGCUAAGACAAGAUCAACCUGCUGUUUUUAAUGUGACGUUCCACCGGGCCGCUGAUUACCCGAUUGAUCUGUACUACUUGAUGGACCUCUCAUUCUCCAUGAAUGAUGAUCUGGUGAAUGUAAAGAAACUGGGAGGAGAUCUCCUGGAUGCUCUCAACCAAAUCACCAGCCUUGCCAAGAUAGGGUUUGGUGCCUUUGUGGAUAAGACUGUGUUGCCCUUUGUUAACACACAUCCAGAGAAGCUGAAGAACCCCUGUCCAAACCAGGAGAGCAACUGUCAACCACCAUUUGCUUUCAGGCAUGUGCUCAGCCUCACAAAUAACGUAAAGCAGUUUGCACAACAAGUGGGGGCGCAGCACAUUUCAGGAAAUCUUGAUGCCCCGGAGGGGGGGCUGGAUGCCAUGAUGCAAGCGGCUGUUUGUGGGUCUAAAAUUGGCUGGACUAACGCCACUCGCUUACUGGUGUACACUACAGACGAUGGUUUCCAUUUUGCUGGGGAUGGAAAGCUUGGAGCUAUCUUAACUCCUUUUGACGGGAAAUGCCACCUGGAGGGAAAUAUGUAUACAAAAAGCAACGAAUACGACUAUCCAUCCGUUGGCCAGCUGGUGCAAAAACUUGAAGAAAAUAAUAUCCAGCCCAUUUUCGCCGUCACCCAUAAAGUUGCUGAUACAUACCGAAAACUAAGUGAUAUGAUCCCCAAGUCUGCUGUCGGAGAGCUGCAAGAGGAUUCCAGUAAUGUCAUCCAACUUAUCCAGGAUGCUUACAAUAACUUGUCUUCCAAAAUCAUUUUGGACCACGGUCCCAUACCAAGCUUCAUCAAAAUCUCAUACGACUCCUUCUGCCCUAACAAAAUACACACCAAGGACAAACCAAGAGGGGAAUGUGAUAACGUCAAGAAGAAUGAUAGGAUUACCUUCCAAGUGAAAAUUACUGCAACCAAGUGUGUUGAGAACCAAGUUCUUACUAUCCGUCCUCUAGGUUUCACGGACUCCCUCACCGUGAAUAUACGUAGUCGAUGUAAUUGUGAGUGUGAUGAGGAAAGACUGGAUCCCUCCGUCUGUAGUGGACACGGAAAAGUAGAUUGUGGAAUCUGCAGAUGCCAUCCUGGUUUCACCGGAAAGAAUUGUGAUUGUGAAACUGGAGGAAAAUCCAGCAAGGAACUAGAAAAGACUUGUCGAAAGGACAACGCCUCAGUCAUAUGUUCUGGCCUUGGGGAUUGUGUGUGUGGACAGUGCGCUUGCCACACCAAUGACGAUCCCAAAAAGCAGAUCUAUGGUCAGUUCUGUGAGUGCGACAAUGUCAACUGUGAACUUCAUGAUGGCCAGAUAUGUGGAGGAGAAGGACGAGGACGAUGCGACUGUGGGAAAUGUAAGUGCAACACUGGCUUUGAAGGCAGUGCCUGCCAUUGUAGGAGCACAACAGACGGUUGCGUGGACGAGAAGGGGAGCGUGUGCAGUGGCCGUGGGAAAUGUGAGUGCAAUACCUGCCACUGUCAAAAUGGCUACCAGCGCCCCUAUUGCAAAGACUGCCCAGGAUGUCCUUCGCCUUGUGCCAGAUACAGUUCCUGCGUCGAAUGCCUAGCCUUUGAAAGUGGCCCGCUUCAAAAGAAUUGCUCUACAGCUUGCUCAAACAUUCGUCUGACACCUAAAUUAAAAGACAGCAGAGCAUGCAGAGAGAAGGAUUCUCAGAACUGCUGGAUCUCGUAUGAGAUAGUUCAGGAGGUGGGAGAAGAAAAGUAUUCUAUGAAAUUCAAUCCAGAGAAAGAGUGUCCAGAGCCCCCGAAUGUUGCCGCCAUUGUGGGUGGCAUCAUCGCUGGCGUGGCUCUCAUUGGGCUCCUCCUCCUCAUUAUUUGGCGAUUUGUGACGGAGCUGAUUGACCGCCGGGAAUACCGCCGGUUUGAGAAGGAAAAGGCCAAGGCCAAGUGGAAUGACGCUGACAACCCUCUCUUCAAGAGCGCCACCACCACGGUGGUGAACCCCAGGUUCAAUGGCCAGUAAAGAGCCAAUGGCAGCACUGUGAAGCACCAAAGCAAAAUAAUGGGAAACAAGCCCGUUUGCUGCAUUAUCCGUAGUAUUUUUACUAUUAUCUCCUGUAAUUAAGGCACAAGAAAAUGUCCUGUGUUACGCAUGUCACUUUGUACAUUUUCAGGAACCUUUUGUGAGUGGCUUUUGCAACAUGCAAACAUGCUUCCAUCCCAAUGAUGAAAGCAUCAUAUCUAGGUGCUAGACUGCUUAAUUGCACACUGCAUAGAAUUGUCACAACUUGAACUACUCCUGACACACACACACACACACACACACAGAAAGUGUCUAUCAAUCACCUUCUGUGAGCAGCUGUAGGAUUAAUAACAGUAAAAUAAAUACGGUGAUCAUUACAGUAGUGCCCGCUAGUCUCUUAGGGUUGCCAACUUCCAGAUGGGGUUGGGGGAUCUCCUGAAAUUACAGUUGAUCUCCAGACUACAAAGAUCAGUUCCUCUGGAAGAAAUUAAGACUCUAUGGCUUAUACCCUGGUGGUCCCUCCCCAAUAAACACCAUCCUUCCCAGGCUCCACCCCCAAUCUCCAGGAAUUUCCCAAGGUGAGGUUGGCAACCCUAUGUAGGGCUUCCAGGUCCCCCAAUGGGAUUGGGGGGGGGAUCUCCUGCUCCUACCCUCCCCCCCCCUGCCACCACUCACCUGGCCAGCAGGAGGAAAAGGCAGAGGAACAGGCCUCCCAGACGUGUUCCUGGGCUUCACGGUGGGCCAGUUUGGGCUCCUUUGAGGCCCAAAUUGGCCUGCUCUGAAGCGCUUACAUGCUCCUGGGCCAUGGACAAUGACAUCGCUUACCGGAAGUGACUGCCCCAGGAGCACACCCAUGAAGCAAGCGUGUGGAAGAAAGAGAAAGGUGAGUGCUGGGUCCCCCACCCCCAGGAUUGUAAGGAAACCUGGCAUCCCUCGUUGAGGGGGGGGGUAUUGCCCUUCAACUUUUCAGUUGGCCCUGAGAAAUUGAAAAUGGUGGAGAGUGAUGGAAAGCAUCUUCUUCACUUGUUGAACAGAAAGCUGAACCCCCCCCCCCAAAUUCCAUGCCCACAGAAAACUUAGCCUUUUUCAGGCUGUAGAUCUGUACACCAGGGGUCCUCAACCUUUUUGAGUCUGCAGGCACCUGUGAAAUUUUGAGUUCCACUCCCAAAUGGCUGCUGCAUGAGGCAGCCAAACUACAGAUGUCCACCACAGGAGGUGGAGCCAUAAACAAUAUCACCCUCCUCUCUUUACAAAGGAAUUGCUGAAAUGGAAUAAAAAGAAAGGAAGGAAAUAUAGGGGGAUGGGAGAAAAAGAUGGGGGGAAUUUUUAAAAGGUAGGCCUUUUUUAAAGGGAAAUGAAACCACACACUGACUAAGGAAACCCUGGGUGCUUACUGGCCACACAAUAACCCAAACCACUUUCUGAAAAGCUAGACGGGCACCAGAGAAAUACUUGUGGGUGCCCAUGGGCACCAUGUUGGGGAACCCCGAUGUACAUACUUUCUUGAGAAUGAAUCCUACUGAUUAUAGUAGGGCUAAUUUCUAAUUAAACAGGCAUAGAAUUGCACCAUUAGUGGUAAAAUAAAGGUACUCUGCACAAGCUUUUAAUCAUUUUGUUAGCAGAAUUUCUGAAAAACGUUUUAACUCCUGAAGGCAAAAGAACUUCUGAAAGUCUUUUUUUUCUGAAACCCUUUAGCAGGUUUGGACUGGUGGUAUAUAAUGAAUUGCCUAGUGGUAAGAGAAUGCCUUUGAGUUCUCUCUGAGGCUAAAGGCCUUCUUGCUUUAUGUUGCUUUUCAACACUGAAAAAAAGUCCUCCAGCUAGCAAUUGGGAGAGUUGAUCCAGCUGAGACAUGACCGUUUUCACACUGCUUACCGGCCACGGAACAUCGCACCGAGCUCCCGGAAUGACAGCGUCUUCCUGGCACGAUUUCGCAUGAGAAGUCACGCCAGGAAGACGCUGCUGUUCUGGGAGUUUGGUGCGAUGUUCCGUGGCCGGUGAGCAGUGUGAAAACGGCCCUGCUGUGCUGUAUUGUCAUGCAAACCUUGUUCUACUGAUCAGUAGUGCCAGAUGUUUUGGCAGGGUGGGAAGGGGGACAUUCAAGAGGAUCUUUUCCCUGCAUUGUGUGUGCCCACUGUUGUCGUAAGCACACUAGCGAAAUGGAGCUUGAAUUAGCCUUGCACCUGGAUAGAGGCUUUACUGCAGUGCUUAAUUUGUUUUUUAGUUUCUGCAAGGGGAGGAGACAAAACCAGAAUUAUUUGGCUCCACCUACUUUUGACGGCUCUGUCCUUCACCAUACUAGCCACUGCUACUGCAUUACAGCAUGUAUAGAAAGAGAAAAUAUUUAUUGCCAUCGAAUGCCUCAAAAUGUUAUUUUAACUUAGAGAAGAUUUAGAGGUUAUUUUGUUGAACUGUUUCAUUUUUCAGAACUUCUACAUUAAAGUUACAAUGAAAA